UUCGGCAAUAUGUCGACGCCGAAGCGGCCAGCGGCAGCCAACGAAGCAUCAGCCCAUCGAGCCAACAUCGAACGUAUUAUGGCCUUUGAAAGAAACGGCUCAAAUUUUGGAAUUAGCGAGGAGGAAAAAGGAAAGGAACACACCUGGAGCCGAUCUUUGUCCAUUCUGACUUCGAUCUGUUCCGAGGGCCAUCCGUCUUUGAGAGAAUUCGAGUUGCCGGAACGACUUCUGAUGGAUGCUCGCAUUAAAAGAAGACGAUGUAGUGAGCUUAGAUGA